AAGAAAUGUCGUCCUCUCAAGUUACAGCUGUUCCAACUUCACCACCAAAAACUAUUCGUCAUACUGCUGAUUUCCAUCCCACAAUAUGGGGAGAUCAAUUCCUCAAAGAUACUUCUGAACUCAAGACAAUUGAUCCUACAACUCAAGAAGAUUAUGAGCAACUGAAACAAGAGGUAAGAUGGAUGAUAAUGGAUACAUCACAAACGCAUGCUCAGAAAUUACACUUGAUUGAUGCAAUCCAACGGUUAGGUGUGGAUUAUCACUUUCCAAAAGAGAUAGAUGAUGCUUUGGAGAAAAUUUAUAGUGACAAUAUUGAAUAUAAUGAUCUCUAUACUGUUUCUAUCCAUUUUUGACUUCUUCGACAGCAAGGAAUUAAGAUUG